AUGGUUAAUACAUGUUCAAAUGAUUUCCUAAACAAUUAUCCUUCAAUGACAAUGCAGGAUUUUGUCAUUGUUCCAUUUGUCGCUUCUUCAAACAUCAAGUCAGCAGCAGUGGUAGCUGAUGCGAUAACACCUUUUGUCCCAUUUAUAUCAGAUAUAACAAAUAUUGUUAAUGAAAUUAUUUCAAUUUAUCAAACUGCCGAACAUAACAAACGUAUAUGUGGUUCUUUAUUAUCACGUGCAACAUCGGCUCAAACGGCAAUAAAUAAUUUAAAAAUUCGUAGACUUGAAAAUGAAGAUUUAUUUAAAUCCAAAGAUUUUUAUAUCAAUUUUCAAAAGUUGACGAAAUUGAUUGAUAGAAUUAAAAAAUUUAUUGGAGAAGUUUCACAAAUUAAAGGAUUAAGUAAAUUUUUAUCAGCCAAAACUAUUGAAGGAGAAUUUCAAGAAUUAACAACGGAAUUUGAUGGAUUAAUGAGAGUAAUGAAUUUUACCAUGGCAAUACAAACUCAAAUUCAAAUGGAUGAAGAUAGAGAAUUGGUUAAACGUGAUAUUUCUGAGAUGAAAAUGUAUCUCAAAGAAAUUGAAGGUGGAAUUGUCGAUGGGAUGUCAGAAAUAAAUUCUAAAUUAGAAGAUAUUACACAACUUAAUCUCGCUUGGCAAAAAAAUUUAUUAAAUGGAGAUGAAGAUAUACUUAAAUCAGCCACUAUUAAAUUAACAGAGUUACAAGAACCACCAUUUCCUGUAAAACGAGGUGACAAAGUAUAUAAAAAAAUACGUAUAGGGGAAGAAGUAUGUAUUAAAGAAAAAAUUCUUAAAGAAGAUGAAAAGAAAUAUCUUAAUGAUAUUAUUAGUCAAGUAGCCAUAUUAAAGAAACUUAAAGAAUCCACAUAUAUUUUAAAAUUUUAUGGUAUUGCGCAAGAUGCUAAUGCGAUGUAUAUGGUAACAGAAUGGUGUGAAUUGGGAAAUUUACAAGAAUAUUAUCAACAAUAUAACUUAGAAUGGGGUGAAAAAGCACAAUUAGCGGUAGAUAUAGCAAGAGGAUUAACAUUUUUACAUACAGUUUGUAUUUUACAUCAUGACAUUCGAUCUGAGAAUAUUUUAAUAACGGAAUAUAAACAAGCCAAAAUUGCAAACUUUAAUUUAAGUCGGGGAACAAAUGAUCCAACUAAAGAUAUUCGACCUACGAUUGAUACAGUUAGAUGGAUGGCACCGGAAAAAUUAAACGAUCAUAAGAAAAAUCAAUAUACUGCUAAAUGUGAAAUAUAUAGGUAG